AGAACUGACAAGGACAGUGAAGAUUGGCGAUACGAUCGCACUGGGAAGCGCUCAACCAUGCCCGACUCACCUGCGGACGUCAAGACACAGUCCAGGUUGACCCCUCCCACUAUGCCUCCCCCUCCCAGCACGCAAGGAGCUCCUCGCAACAGCUCCAACACCCCGACAACAUUAACCAAUGGCAGUAGCCACUCCCCCACAGCGCUCAACGGCGCUCCGUCUCCUCCCAAUGGUUACAGUAAUGGUCCAAGCUCCUCCUCCUCAUCCUCGCUGGCCAACCAGCAGUUGCCGCCGGCCUGCGGCGCACGGCAGCUCAGCAAACUCAAGCGCUUCCUAACAACUCUGCAGCAGUUUGGAAAUGACAUCUCACCUGAAAUCGGCGAGCGAGUCCGCACGCUGGUUCUCGGACUUGUGAAUUCCACACUCACCAUUGAAGAAUUUCACUCCAAGCUGCAAGAAGCCACCAACUUCCCUCUGCGGCCUUUUGUCAUCCCCUUUCUGAAGGCCAACCUGCCCCUCCUGCAGAGGGAGCUGCUGCACUGCGCCCGGCUCGCCAAGCAGAACCCAGCACAGUACCUGGCCCAGCAUGAGCAGCUCCUCCUGGACACCACCUCCUCCACCACCUCCCCAGUGGACUCCUCUGAACUCCUGCUGGAUGUCAAUGAAAAUGGCAAGAGGAGGACGCCAGACAGAACCAAAGAGAACGGCUUCGAGCGGGAUGGCGCGUUGCAUCCGGAGGUACACCCCAGCAAGCGACCGUGCACCAUUAGCCCCGCCCAGCGCUUCAGUCCGUCCAACGGGCUGUCCUAUCAGCCUAACGGGCUGCCCCACCCUGGCCCACUCCCCCCACAGCACUACAGACUGGACGACAUGGCGAUCGCCCACCACUACCGCGACACCUACAGACACCCAGCGUCCAAUCAUCGGGAGAUCCGGGAAAGAGCCAGACCCAUCGGUAUGCAUGCAGGGACGAGGCAGGAGGAAGUGAUCGACCACCGGCUAACAGACAGAGAGUGGGCUGAGGAGUGGAAGCACCUUGACCAUCUGCUGAACUGUAUCAUGGACAUGGUGGAGAAAACGAGACGCUCGUUGACGGUCUUGCGGAGGUGCCAGGAGGCCGACCGCGAGGAGCUCAACUACUGGAUCCGACGAUACAGCGAUGCUGAAGAGCUGAAGAAGGGCACUGCAAGUGGGCAGUCCAGGCAGCAGAGCCCUGCAGAUCAGGACAACGCAACAUCAGAAAUUCACAGAGAGCUGCUACAUCGGCCUGUGUCUGGCUACGUCCCUGAAGAAAUCUGGAAAAAAGCUGAAGAAGCUGUGAAUGAGGUGAAGCGGCAGGCCAUGUCAGAGCUACAGAAAGCCGUGUCGGAGGCCGAGCGCAAGGCCCACGAAAUGAUCAGCAGCGAGCGUGCCAAGAUGGAACGUACAGUAGCCGAGGCCAAGAGGCAGGCGGCUGAGGAUGCACUCUCCAUAAUCAACCAGCAGGAGGACUCCAGUGAGAGCUGCUGGAAUUGCGGUCGGAAAGCCAGUGAGACAUGCAGCGGCUGCAACACUGCGCGCUACUGCGGUUCCUUCUGCCAGCAUAAGGACUGGGAGAAGCACCACCACGUGUGCGGCCAAACCCUCCAGGCCCAGCAGCAGCAGCAGCAACAAGCCAACCAGCAGCAGGGAAGCGUCCCGGUAACAGAGACCCCUGCUCCUAUCAGCUCCUCCGCCUGCACCCCAAGCAGCGGUACUGGGAGUCCUGCUGCUACUCCUCCUGCUGCUACCCCGCGUUCGUCCACCCCCAGCACCCCGUCGUCCUCUGCCCUCGAUGGUGCACCACGUUAAGGCUUACGAAGCAGCUCUCUACCCCUUAAACAGAGCAGCCGUCGUCAUUGCCUUGCAGAGACACUAAGCUAACGUUACAAACUGAAAGGAACGACAUCAUUUCUAUCUAUCUUGCAGUACCGUCGUAGCAGGAGGUCCAUAACCGGGUCAUAUUGACUUGACUUUAAAGAAACACAAAGAUAUUCUUUGUUUUGAAUGAAUGAAUUAAAUAUUUGGAUCCUUUUAUCUUUACCCUUGCUAUUCUUGUUGUCAGUUUGUUCUUGUGCCCGUUGUCAGUGUUGUUCACGUCACUAGCUUAAUUUUUCCUGUAAAUAUUAAAAGACUAAGCAGACGUAGCCGUGGACUUGAGGCAAGUAUAUCUGACUUCCCCUUUUUAGUUAACUUUUGUUUGUUUUUCCAUCCUUGAAAUAAUACGUAUUUCCUUCUGUACCUGAGAUAUGAGACUAGUCAACCUCAAGAAGACGUUUUACCAAAUGACAAUCCAACGGAACAUAAAUAGCCAGCAGAGUGACUGAAGUCACUAACACCAGAAAAGAUUUUAAAAUGCUGAAAAACAUGUUUGUCGCCCGCAGAGAAGAGAUUGGUGGCUGAAACUCUGGCCUGCAGACCGCCAUGGAAUGACAGAUGUGCAGCAGAUUGCACGGUGAGCCAGCUGUUCAGCCAGUGUUAUUUCCCUCUCACUUGUAAUAAUAUCCAGGUCAGUGGGCUGGGAAAUACAAAUCUGUUUCGCUGAAGGAUAAAAAGGAAGACUUCUUGGACUAGAUGCAAAACUUUGCCCACUGCACACAUGGAGAAUAUGUUGUCUACAGUUCACACAGUUGGUGGGCCAUAGAAGCGCUCAGUGGUGAGACUGUCAAAUCUCCAGGACAGCAGCCACUCGGCGUUUCAGAGCUGAGAACCUGCAGAAACUCAUAAUGCACCUGACAUGUCUCCUUCUGUCUCAACUCUGAAAAACACCGUUCUUCAUGUUCUCAUUCUUUUUCUGUAGGUGUCACGGUGUUUAUGGCUUUCUGUCCUGUUGUGUCGCCAAUGGUUAUUUAAUGUAUAUGUGUUGGACAGUUGUGACAAUGCAUAAUACUUCAACCAAUAUCACAACUCCUAAUGCCGCAGUCACACUCAGGAUUGGCUAGGCAAAUUUUAUCCGUACAGUAAUUGGUGGCACAGUGCCAACUUGCAAUUUGUGUCAAGGCUAUUGUGGG